UAAUGAGCAAUGCUGAUAUUCAACAUAAUGAAACCCAUACUUAACGAAGACCUACAACUGCAUCUCUUCAACAUUCAGUUUAGAAUUCUCAUCCAAUAUCACCUUUGAAAUAUGAUUAUUUGGUUACAUAGCAUACCCAAAAUUCUAUAUCACCAAUGAGAUAAUCAAAUCAAAAGAAUAGAUUUGUAUAACCAUUUAGUUCCUUAGCCAUUAUAUCAAAAUAAUAAAUUGAUAAUGACUAUAAGAAACUAUCUUUACAAUCUCCUGCUCAAGUAUUUGUAAAUGUAAACAAAAUUUUAUAUUAAGUGUUUACCACCAAAAGCACCUGAAUUGUAUAGAUCAACAAAUUCACCAAAUAGAAUUGGAUAAUAUAAUUCAAAGACUUAAGUUUCAGAAAGAGGAAUGGAUGAUAAACUAUCUGAAUUUUCAUUAUAGCUCGUUAAUAAUUAGUAAACAGUUGAAGAUAGAUUAAAAAUGUAAGAUGCAAAUCUAUUGCAAUUCAAAUAGAUUAAAUUCAAUAAACACAGAAAUAGUGAAUAAGAUUUCAAGACUUAAUAAAAUAGAUUAUCUGUAAGAGAUGAAAACAUCUAACAAUCUAUUACAUAUAGUUAACACACUACAAAACAUGGUUAUGGAAAUUCUGAUUUACAAACUAAAUAUGAUAAAUUAAAAGAAGAAUAUGAUUUAUAACAUAAGUUCUUAUAAGAGAAAGAGAAAUCUUAUAAUGAUAUCUAAUUAAAGUAUUAAUAGUUAUAGAGAUUAUAAUAAUAAUAUUAAUCUAAUAACUCAGAAUCAGAUUAAAAUACUAUUAAAUAAUUAAGAGAGAAGUUAUUACUUAAUGAAGAGAAAUUAUAAGAAUACUCUGUUGUUCAAUUCUAAAUCUAAUCACUAAAACAAUAAAAGGCAGAAGUUGAAAUGAAAUUAAAUAGAGUAUUAACUGAAAAUUCAUAAUUAAAAAAUGAACUUACAUAAUUAUAAUAAUCAUUAUCAAAUUGUAAGACCUAAGUUACUUAAGUCAAAGAACUUGAAUUAUUAGUAGAAGUAUGUUAAAAUGAUUAAGAUGGAUUUAUUAAAUCUUUAGAAAGCAAAGAUGCUGAAAUUUAAUAUUUAAAGAAUAGAUUACAAACUUCAUAAGAACAAUUAUUAAAAUUUAAAUCAGACAAUCUUAAAUUAUUUAAUGAAUUAUAGAAUGUAUAAUCAGAAAUCAAGAAUAUGUAAUCUUCUAUUUUAUAAUCAUAAGAAGUCAUGAAAACAAACUAAUAACUUACCUUAGAUAUUGAAAAUUUAGAAUUAAGCAAAAAUGUAUUAUAAGAAUAAUAGGAUAAUAUUCUUGAUUAAUACAAGAGAUUAAGUAGUAUUAAUGAAACAUUAAAAUAACAGUAUUAAUCAUCACAACAAGAAAUUAAUUAAUUAAGAACUAUAUUUGAAAAUGAAAAAUAAAAUUAUGAAUAAUAAAUUCAAGAUUAGAAGUAUAUGAUUGAAUAAUAAGAUAAUGAUUUAUAGAAUGCAAAAAUAGAAAAUGAAUAAAAUACACAAAAAAUUAGUGAAUUGACAUAAUAUUAUUAAGCUUAAUUUGCAGAAUUAUAAUAAUCUUUGGAUAAUUGGUUUAGAUAAUAAAUUGAAAUAGAAUUAAAAAAAGUUGUAGAUCCAAUAACAGAUGAAAGAGAUUAUUAUUAAGAGAAAUUCAAAGAAGCUAUGCAAAAAUGUGAAUCAUUAGAAGAUUAGAAUUAGGAUAUUAUUGCUGAAUAUGAAUCAUUGACUAGUAAACAUCUAGAAUUGAAGAUGUUGUUCGAUUAGAUCAAGACUAUUUCCUCAACAUAAUUGAAGAACUGAA